AUGGAGCCAGCACCUGAGGAGGCCGGAUCGGCAUCGAAGCCGCACCACCCCUCCUCCCCACACUCAGAUAUCCUAACCCCCGCACUCCGACCUGAGACCGAUAGCACCAAUGACGAUCCCAAUUCCACCCUUACAAACACCCACAACGGCCAUGGCAGCUCCGCCUCCUCCACCUCGACAACAUCACGCCCCACCUCCGCUGUAGUACCACCCUACUGGCGUCGACACGAGCGUAAUACCUCGCACGCAUCCCUGUCAUCGCUUCAUGGCGCGGCUCGCAUCACCCUGGAAGAUCACACCGCCGACCCGAACUCCGAGACGAGUCGUGGGCUUUGGGCGAGUAGUGUUGCUAUCGAUGAUCAUGUUGUUGUGCGGGGUAUGACUGGGGUGGGGUCUUAUGUUGUCUGGAAUUGCCGGAUUCAGACACUUGAUGGUGGUCCGAUUGUUAUUCGGAUGAGAUACUCCGAGUUCGAUGACCUGCGUCAGCGGUUGGUUGAUUCUUUCCCGCAUGCGAGGAGUGCAUUGCCUGCAUUGCCGCCGAAGAGCGUUAUCUAUAAAUUCCGACCCAAGUUCCUGGAAUCAAGGCGUGUGGGGUUGGAGUAUUUCCUAAACUGUGUCCUUCUGAACCCGGAGUUCUCGGGCUCUCCUAUCGUCAAAGACUUUCUCUUCGGUCGGAUGUGUUAA